CCUCUCUCCAAAACUAGAGGGGUUUUGGAAUCUAAUUUUUUUUAGGGUUCUUUUAUGUUUUGGAAAUUUUGUUUAUACUUGUGUCCGUGAUCAGGGUUUUGAAAUCUUUAUAUUAAAUUGCUUUUAUAAACUUGACAAUCGUAUUUGAAAAUUGACUAUGGGUUAUGUUUAUCUGAUUUAGAUACAUAUAUAUAUAUAUAUAUGUACACACCAGUACAUGUUUACAUUGAUUUUGAUUAUUUCCAUCAAUAUUUACAAUGAUAUUGUAUAUGUUGAAUGCAUAUAGAGAUUUAAAGAUAUAUCUUAAUUAAAAUUUGACAUUUUGAAUGUGUCUGCAGAGAAGAAGUCUGGGAAUAAGCUUUGAUGGAUAGAACAUCUGCAGCUUGUGCCAUGGAAUGGAGCAUUGAUCUCGAGAAGGGCCUUCGAUCAAAGAAACCCGGUCAAUCUCUUGAAGCCAUACAACAGGUUGGGCUAAGACUUGAGCAGUGGGAUAGAGAACCUGCAAUUAACAUAGCACAGCAUAACAUGUUUGGGUUAAUUCCAGGGGAGGAUAGGCUAUUUGCAAACACAAUCCUCCUCCGUCUUAUAGAUGCUUUUGGCACGGGUGACAAACAGACCAAGCUUUGUGUUGUGAAGGUUUUCUUAUCGUUGUCGAGGCACCGUAGAAAGAAACGUGGACAACACGAUGGAAUUAUGUUCAAGUGUAGUUUAGAGAACCGCUUAGAACUGCUAAGACAAGUAAAAAUUGUUUUUGACACGGGGGAUGCUGAAUCAAGAGGACUAGCCUUGGUUCUUUUUGGUUGCUGGGCUGAUGUUGCAAAGGACAAUGCUGAUAUUCGAUACCUUAUACUUUCGAGUUUGGUCUCAUGUGAUGUUCUGCAGGUAGAAGCUGCAUUGUUUGCCGGUGGAUGCUUUUGUGAGUUGUCCGAUGACUUUGCUUCUAUUCUUUUGGAGAUACUGGCUAAUCUGGUGACAUCAUCUGAAACAUUGUCAACUGUAAAGUUAGUAGGAGUGCGAGCUUUUGCCAAAAUGGGGUGUUCAUCUUCGCAUGCAAGUAAAGCUUACGAGGCAGGUCUAAAGCUGGUGUUAUGUUCUUCAGAAGAAAAUUUAUUGGCUGCAAUGCUGAUUUCACUUUCAAAACUUGCUUCCAAAUCAACAUGCCUGAUUUCUGGACAGGUGGCCUUGCUCUUCUCUUUUUUAACCCAAGAGAAACCUUUGCAUUUGCAAGCUACAGCAUUAAAAUGUCUGCGAUAUAUGGUUGAAAGAGGAAUGUGCCAUUUUCCUGCUAGUGCUGUUCCAAUCAAAACAUUGGUCAGCAUGCUAGAUGAAUUUGAAUUUCCACCAGCCUUGCAAUAUGGAGCUCUACAAAUUCUGCAUAAGGUUCUCUUAUAUAACCUACCUACUAUGCCUUGUGCAGACAUGCUUGAGUUUUCCGAGCUUCUAACAAUUCUUGAAAAUGCUACACAAUCUUCAAUCAUGGUAAAGAAACUCUUAGCCAUCCGUGUUUUAGUAGAUAUAUUGGGCAACUUCAUGGGAAAAAAGGAAAAGGCAUUAGAUGGAGUCGAUUCCACUACUCUGGCAUCCAGGAUUAUCUCAUUUGUCAUAGAUCAGAUCAGCUUGCUGGUUAAGGUUGUACCAAAUCUUCAACAGCUUGAUUCAGAAAUGGAGCGACAGGGUCAAAGCUGGCUCAGCCUUCUUCUUCUUCUGGUUGAAAAAUAUCCAGAUCUCGGUGGGAUGGUGCUGGAUAAAAUUUGUGUACUUAUAGGAAAUAUGGUGAAUAAGCAUGAUGGGGUUGUGGGAACAGCGGAACCAGACUUAUCAGGUCAUGAGAUCAUAGAGUUCAGAGGACAAAAUAGAAAAUUAAUCACAUCAAAGCUUUUGCUUUCUGUUUCCAAGGUUGUGGCUGCUUGCCUCGAUAAUUUCAAUGAAUCUGGUGCUGUUACUACUCUAGUCCUUGAUACAAAGGAGCUUCUGGUCAAACAUGUACAACAAUGCAGCUCAUUUGAUUGCUUUAGGGUUUGGACCGUCUACUCUUUCUUGUUGCAUUCUCGUAUCACUUACUGUUGCAUGUUGAAUGAGUCAGAGAAAAAUGACAAUCCUGAUAGAAACUUGUCUAUUUCUAUUCAGGAUUACUUAGUUCAGCACGAAAUUACUUCCCUAGAGUGUGCAAAGAAUAUGUUAGCAAGAAAGGAUAAUUGGUCUGCUUACAAGGUUGGGAGAAAUGCUGCAUAUCAGGGAGCAUGGUUUGCUGCUGCUUUUAUAUUUGAGCAUCUUAUAACAAUGGUUCAAUCUAAUACCUGUUGUCAGUGGUUAAAAUCCUUGGCUGAGUUUGCUCAUUCUGAAAGGAAAGUCCAAUUGCUUAAUUUACCAGAACAGGGUUUUAGUUUAGUAAAUUGCUUGGGGAUUAACAAAACCGCUGUCACACCUUUCGGAGAUGAUUUAGGUGAAAGAGGUCAAGGUAUGGAUUGGAAGCUGAGGUUACCUAACAACAUUGAAAUUCUUAUUGAGGCUUGUAACAGUCUUCGUUCUUUAGAGGAAACAAUGGGAGCCAUUGUGACAACAGGUCAUGCUCUAUGUUUCCAGAGAUGGUUUUUGGCUCUUAGAGCAAAGGUUUUAGAAUCUGUGGCUGAUACCCUUAAGCUCUACUGUGUUCCAUUCAUACAGGAUAACAUUAAGAAUAACGAACAAGUAAAGGGAAAUAGUAUGGUCGAGAGCCCGGGAUUUUUGCAAUGGAUAACUUCCAUGGCGUGCUCGCUUACUCAAAUAUCUUUACGGUUGAAUGGGCUAGCACGAGAAUUUGAUCUGAUUGCCACAUCUUUCAGGGGCAUGGACAAGAAAAGUUUUGAGAUCAUUUCAGCACAUGCAGUAAGUUGUUCAUUAUUGGCCUUCAGUACUGGAUUUUCUCUUUUCUUUCCAAACUUAAUUAUUGAAAAUAUUUUGGGGAUGUCAGGGGAAGGUUUUCACGGUAUGCUAAUACAAGAUCUAGUUUGGCGGUUGCAGCAGAUAGACUGUGAAACCUGCACAAAACUUGGGUUGCUCUGGAGGGUUUGUAGACGACCCAAGACCUUUUUCCUGCAAUCCAGAAAUCAAAUGUUCAAUAUUAGUUGUGAAGCAAGAGUCCUUCUUACAGUUUGCAGUUAUGCUGUCACAGGAGUGGUCGCCUUGCAAAAUGAGGCGAAUAGAUUACGUGAUGAUGAGAAUCUGUACCAAGUUACUAAAGAGAGUUUACAACAUCUGUUGGACAUAAUUUCAAAAUGGAUGCUCAUCCCUUUCAGGACGCCAAACCACUUCUUUCGAGUAAGGCCUUGCAUUUCGUCUGAGCUAUUUGCUUCAAACAGUAACACUAGAAGCCCAGAGGGGAUAUCAGUCUUGCCAGGCUUCCAUCUGUCACUAAACCUUUGUCUUCAAUUGAAAAACGUGCCAGUAGAUCUUCCAGUUCAGUUGACCAAGCUGUAUUGCAUCCUUUAUUGUAGAACGUCUUUUCGGGUACCCUCUCCUGGAGCAAAUGAGGGGCAAAUGCAGUGGAGUUGUCGAGAUGAUGACAUGGUAUAUUUAAAUGAUAAGUUAUUCCAAUUUGUCAUGGAGAGUACCCAAAAGGCUAGCAAUACGCAGCGUAAACUUAAUGCUGGUGAUUGUGGGGUUGUGGAUAUUUGCGUGUGUCUUGAACCUAAUGAGAAAGGCCAAGGGUUCUCUACUUGCUUGUUUGAUGUUUCUGCUUUCCCUCCUGGUUCAUACAAAAUCAAAUGGCGUAGCUGUUGUGUGGAUAGCAGAGGUUCUUAUUGGAGCCUCCACCCUUUGAAUGAUGAUCCGGUCUUCACUGUACAAAAAAGUAUUCCUUAAGUUUAGCAAUUUCAAGAUCCAAUUCAAAGGUAUGGAAGACCAAUGAAUUCAGGUCCUCUAAAGGUUCCCCAAUGGAAAAUACAUUGCCAUGUGUGAAGACAGGAACAAGAAAAAUGAUGAAAAUAUCAAAGGAAAUUGCAGAUGCCAGUGGGCCUUGCCAGUGGAGGAAAUUCUAACCAUGGCUGGAAAAAAAGGACAUUUACUACUUUCCCUGAGGAAGAGACUGAACGGAUGCCAUUUGGGCUAGACCUUGGCUUCAUAAUUGACGAGCACUAGCGUCUCCACAUGAUAGAAUCAGACUCAUUCCUGAAAUGCCUUUCUAGAUAUUCCUCAAUGUCCCAGUUAAUUCCAGAAGAAAUUGAAGAAUUUUUUGGGAAUCCUACAAGAUCCAUUCGUUCUUUAUUCUCUGACAGAUGGUCUGAACUUCAUAAUGAUCUGAUUGUUGCUCAGAAGAUGCCCGCUUGCUGAGGCAGUAACAGGGUACAAAGUCCAUAAACCACACAACCCUAGAUGACAGAAACCUGAUGAUCCCAAUCAACAAUGUGAUUCGUUGAAAUUAUGAGGUGGUUCCAAAAGUAGGGUCGUCAAUUCCAAAAGAGCCUUCAAAGCGAGGCAAUCUACGAGUCGAGCCCAACAUCAAAUUCCUGAUGAGGUUAACGGGCUGAGCAGAAGUUAUGGAAUCAAGAAACUAUUGCCGCAAUGAGUUAGAUUAUAGAUGUACAAUAAUUUUUUGUUCCCUUUUAUUUUUCGCCCAAUGUUUUUAUGUGCCUUCUUUAUACAUGCAAUGAAACAUUGUGUUUGUAGAACAAGUUAUGGAAUGUACCAAGUUUUACCUUAGCCAAGAAGAAAAAAAAGAUAAAUGAGAUCAAUUUUGGCUUUGUGAAAAUGAAGUGUCAUUUUGUA